GGCCUAAUGAUGAUCAGUCUGCUAACUCUUCCGAGAGGACUCAGACUGCUGAGGGCCACCCUAUCAAUGCUGAGGACACUGCCGAUGAACCAUCAAGCCAGGCCCCUUCAAAUAAGGCUGGUGGUGAGGCCUCCGAUAGCAUGGCCAAGGGAAAUGAACGGAAUGAUGAUGAUGAUGAUGCAGAUGAUGAUGAUGACAUGGAGAGAGUCCUGAUGAGCAACAGGAAAAGAGCUAGAAAGAGAGCCAUUUCGAUAGACUUCGACUCCUCAUCGGACAAUGAAGAGGCUGCUCACAUGUCCCGACCACUUAAGGGCAUUGUCAUCAGUGAGCAGCGCUCAAAGCAGAAAAGUGACAAAUCUGCAUCAUCACAGCCUAAGAAGAGGCUAAGAAAGAAGAGUGCAGUGGAAGAGGAGCUGGCACUGUACGAUGACUGCGACACAUUCCUCACUAUAGACCGAACCACGCCCCUAGGAGCAGGAGCUGACCUUUUCAGUUCCCGGGUAGAAGUCGCAGCAUCCGGUUCAACUGCGCAUGCACAGCCAUCUCCCAGCCACUCUCCAGCCUCCCAACAGGCUGGAGUUUCAAUAACUCAAGGGGAAUGCAUACCGACCUCGCUGGUUCCCUCCGAAUCAGUUGAGAGACUUAGUGGUCAACAACCCCGGACCACUACCCCCAUUCGUUCUAUCACAUGGAGUCUAGGUGUCACCAUUCCUACAUUUUCACAUUUCUCUAGGACACCUACACUAUUCACUGCACAUACAGGUGCACUCACCCUGAAUGCAACGACCGGAGUGCAAACUAUGAUGGUCGGAAGCCCUGCUACGCCAACAAUGCCUCGAUCAUUGAACGCAUGCCACACAUCAGCUAUCUUCACUGAUGCUGUGACAACAGUUACAACCCCUGUAACUGGUACCACCAUUCCCGAAGACAUUCUCGUAUAUCUGAACAGCUUUCUAGAGUCUACCAUUAACCCAUGGGUGCAUGAAGCAAUAACCGCUAAUGCACAAGACUCUGGAAGUACCCCAGUUGUUCAGGAUAUACCACCCAAACCUCAAACAACACAGCCCCCAACCAUUUCCAUUCCUACUUCCAAACCCUUAGCCAUAGAAAACCAACAACCAUCCACAUCAAGGGGAACCCAGGAUACAGAACUAGUAUUCUCCCCUACAACGACCAAACCCAAUCUAACAACCGUACCCUUCGAGGAUCUUGUAGCUGAGAUCUACGACCGUAUACUAGACGUGGAAGAAGGCAACCUCACCCCUCUUCAAAAAUCCCUUCUCCAUGCUCUAGAUACACAGAACACAUGCCGUGACAGUCUCCGUGGCGCUAAACGUUCACAUGAGGAUCCCGAUGAUUCGGAUUCUCAUGAGGGGGAGAACAAGCGCCAGCGGAUACUUGAGCAUGUUGCUUCUACUAGCCAACCCUCAAAACCAAACCAACCCUCCACCUCUACCAACGAGCAACCCACUACUUCAGCUAGCCAUAAAUCCCUAGCCACUCUCUCUAGCAUGGUCGAGCUAGACAUAACAUCUCGAGGCGCAUCUCCUAUAGAUGUUGACCAAGGACGGAAUGGAAGUCCUGAUGAUGCUACCACGAGUACAUCUUCCUACUCAGGCCAUCAGCUAGAACCUAGUUCGAAACUGAUGUCAACGGGCAAUCCUGAGGAUCCCGGUGUUUCACACGACAAGUCACCUUCGACACAGCAACAAGCUCCCUCUGAACCCUCUGCCAAUCCAAUACAAGAUGAACUUGAAGAUCUUCUAGUUCAUGAUCAAUGGCCCCACAAGUGGACAGAGUGGGAUGAUCUUAGAGUGGAAGCCGAUCAGUACGAAAAUGUGUCGAAGCUGGCAUCUCAGAGAGUUCCUCAACAAAUACCAUGCAAUGAUGAUAGGGCUCGAUAAAGAUGAACUCAAGGAAGGAGAGAUUCAAAAAGAAAACCCCACGGAACCAGAACCAGCUAAGAAAAAAUGGGAAAUCAUAAGAAUCAAAGCCCCCUUUCUAGAAGAAAUCCGAGAGAGAAUUUGGCGACGACCAGAAAAGGUCAAGCAGUUCAAUGAAUUAAAAAUGCGAGGAAUCAAUCACCUGAAAGGAAAAUACAGAGGAGGAAACCUAUAUAUGCUAGGACACAGAUCCACAGGGGAACGUCGACAAGUUCUAAAUCACAAUCUUGCAACAAGUGGAUGUCCCAUAAUAAAAAUCAUGGAGAUCACUGAAGAUUACUUGGAGACAAUUAAGUUCAUGAUCUUUCGUCUACGACGUACUGAUGGCUCGGAGUUCACCUGUCAAGAGAAUGACUUCUUUCUACUACACAUGGAUGACAUUUAUCAAAUGUUCAUGAGAUGCAGGGAGCUUCCAGUUCACAAAGACAGACUUGCUAAAGAAGGCUUCGAAGCUAUAAAAAGAUUCAUGACAAGACAAGUUCGGUUCUACGCCUCUCAUGACCUCCAGAUGACCCUAGAGCACAACUAUCCAAAGGCAAACCUUACAAGACCGGACUUGAGUAGACCUGGGCUUGAAUCCUUUGAAGCAUAUCAUAUCUUUGACAACCCAGUCUCUGUCAUCUAUCUGAAUCAUAACAACGAAAAGCGUCUAAUGUUCGUGGAUGAAAUUAACAAGUAUUGUGACGGAACUCUGAAGAUCAUCCAGGAGCAGCUCCGAUCAAAGAAACAAGAACUUGGACAAAAAUCGACCGAAGCCACUGAAGAAGACCAGAAGGAAUUACACAGAAUUGACAACAUCCUACAGGCUAUCAAGAAUCAACUGGAUAGAAGAAAUUCACUAAGAAAUUAUGAGCAUGCACUUAAUCUCAGAAAGAACUAUUACAAAGCUCAGAAGUGAAGAAACCCAGCAAGACGGCACUUGACCACAAAGGGGGAGAUUGUUAGAACUUUUAUUGUGGGUCAAGUUUGUCUGUAAUGUCUUGUUUAAUAAAGUAGACUAGUUAUACCAUUUAUGGUAUUAGAUUAGUAAUUAUAAUGUAAUAAAUAAGGUAAAGGGAAUAAGGCCCAAAAAGGCCUUGGCCCAACUUCCAAGGUUUACCUAAAUCGGUAACCUGUACAGCGCCUAUAAAUAUGCGCCUUGUGUACAGGUACCAAAAUCGAUCAAUACACAUUUAGCCUUACGCUGCCCAAAAUAGUUCUCGAUACAUCAGAAAGAAGAAUUCCUCUGUUCUCGACAUUGUUUGAUCAUUAUCAGAUCUUCUUUCUUUCUGUUUAUCGAUGAUAUCCAUCUAGCUGGUCGUUAGUCUGCAUAAACUGGGACCAACAACGAUUUUCUGUGUUUCUUGUGUUGUUAAUUAUGUAUAUAGUGUUGAUUCAGUUGUAUAAUGUUGAUAAAGAUUGUAUGUGGUAUUGUGUACUCAGAUGCAUCCUAGAAAAAGGAGUGGAAAAUCUAAGAAAAAGCAGACUCAUGCAAGUGAUGAUAUACAUGAUGGUGUUGGGGAUAAGAGAGCUUCUAAUGUCCAACCAUUUGAUGAAGCCAAUCUAGUAGAUAUUAACAUGGUUUGUGCAGAGGAUUCAUCAUUUGGAAGUGACGUGCCUAUUGUUGUGUCUGUAGAGGAGAUUGGUAUGUUCACACAACCGACACAAGACACCCAAGGCACUACUAUGGUCACUAAAGAAGGGCAAGAGGGUGAACUUCUGAAUCAGCAAGAGAGUGAAGAAGAGUGUGAAGAAGUGAAUCAAGAAGAGAGUGAAAAAGAGAGUCCAGAAGAGAGUGAACAAGACUACAAGAGAAUCAAGAAGAGAUUGAAGAAGAGAAUCCAGAAGAAAUUGAAGCAGAGAAUCCAGAAGAGAUUGAAGAAGAGAGGCAAAAAGGGAUUGAAGAAUAGAAGCAAGAUCAAAGUCAUGAAGAGAUUGAAGAGGAGAGGCAUGAGGUUCAAACGAGGACUACACAUGGGAUCAGGAUUAGCUUUGGGCCACCCCCUUGUGUAAAACCCAAACUGAAAAAGCUAGAAGUAAAAAAAGGACCAAGAUAUGCCACUAGAUAAAAAACAACAUUCAAAUCUGUUUUCUUUGGGAAUGAUGAUGUCCCAAUUGACUUAGAGUAGGGGUUGAUGAACUUCAUGUAAUGGUUGAUGCCCCAUUUUGUUUUCUGACUUAGACUAAUGGUUCAUGCCCCAAUCUGUUUUCUUUGAGAAUUAUGAUGCCCCAAUAUUUUUGGUGUUAUGUAUUGCUGUUAAACACUUAUACAUUUGGCCUCUUAAUGGUUGUAAUUUGGUUGUCAUGUAUGAGGUACAUGUUUUUGUUAGAUGUUUGUGUAGGGUGA